AACCUAAGUUUUACAAAAACGCUUUCUUUUUUUUAAAAGAAAAACAAGGUUUGACAAAAAUAAGUGUGGUUGUUCCCUCUUAUACCCUGUAUUACCUUACCAAGCCACCCAGGAUCCCCGGGUUGUCCGUAUUGACGCCGAGCUAAGACACAAAAGUCUCACGCUGACCCCCAAACCACUAUCGCUACUCCUCAGUGUAAAUAUAUUUUCCUGUCUUUGUGGUUGUGUAAAAGCCAUAAAAAUGUUUACUUCCAUACAGGUAUUGUAACGUGAUGCUAAUUGUCGUAUAAUAUAACGCAAACCAAUGUGAGCUGCCCAAUAAUGUUUUUGCUGAUUCUGAUAAAAGUCCAAAGUUAAGUUCAUGAGAAUCAAUAAGACGUUAUGACGACCUCGAUGGUUGAACAAAUUAUAUAAUUGCCACAACUACUAAAACCAAUUCCAUCCUCGCUACGCCGACUGAACCAAGUAACUAGUAACAAAUUACCCCCACACCCGCCCUUUAAACAAUGUUGCGAUAAAUUACAAUUGCUGCAAUACCCCGAAUUCAAAUAAAAGUUAAAAAACUUGAUGUAAAAAUAUUUCGUAAACACUGGAACCGUUCCAGUUUGUUUGUACAAAACCAACAAUGACGUAACAAACUCACCUCAUAGUGACGUCACAAGCCCCCUGACUGACGUAUCCAACCCAGCUUUAGUUGUCUAUAGUUGUUGUUGCGGGAAGAUGGAUUAUUGCGUAUUUAACGAUUAUUUUGGUUUGUCCAAUAUUUUACAGCGUGAGGAUCGAAAUAAUGAAACGCAACCACCGCAGCAAGAUAUACCGUCUCCCACCCCUCAUAAUGGUAUGGCAUGGCUGGACGAAAAAUGCAACGAAAUAAUCGAGAAACAUACAUCCAUGUUAACCCCUCCGCCUACUCAUAGCGGGGCUUUAUUAGGCCCGACCCAGAAUUCUGGAUCCUUAUUUCGCGAGCGUGGUUUGUUACGUCACAAUCAUGAAGACGAAUUGACAAACUCAUCUAUGACGUCACCACCACACACCUCGAACCCUACGUCACCAGUAGUAUCUCCUUACCCGACCACAAACAUCUCAUUAAAACAAUCUUCACAAAGAUUGAAGCAACCGCAUGUACCCAGAUUUUCGUUCCCUCGAUAUUCGAACAAUCGACGCGGUUACCCCGGAUGUUCAUUCUGUCGUAACAAUAAGGAAGUCGACGAAUGGGUGACGUCACACCAGCUCAAGGACGCCCUCAAUCGAGUCACAUGUCCCGUGCUUCGACGAUACGAAUGCCCGCUUUGUCUGGCUAGUGGUGACAACGCCCACACUUUGGGUCAUUGCCCUCUUAACCCAGACCGGAAGUCAAGUCUGCCUCUAGCGGUUAGAUUGAAGACUAAUGCAACUGGGAAACUUAAACUUUAACCACUAGGUGGCAAACAAUAAUGAUUGUUAUUCGAAUGAAGUUGGAUUAUUAUGAAAUAAUUGUGAUUAUCAUGUUAGCUGGUUGUUAUGAAAUGUUCUGUUUGUUCCGUUGUUUCUGGUUUCUUAAUAAAAUUGUUGCU